AUGAGUGAUUAUUUUGUAGGAGAGAAGUAAAAAGAUGGAGAAAGAGGUGUAGUGGUAUAAUGAAGUGUGAAGUGUGAAGCAAAUGAGGCAACUGAAGCACAACAGGAAAGCAAUGCAAGCAUAGGCAUAGCAUAGGAGAAGAGAAUGAGAAAAGAGAAGGGCAUUGAUGUUGAUGUUGGUGGUGGUGGAGGUAGUGGAAGUGGCAUGGGUAUGCUUCUAGUUCUGUUCCCCCAAGACAGCCACAAAAGCAAGUUCACCUUCCCCACCCCCUCCAAAUCCCUCCUCUCCAAAGCCCAAUCCACCAUCUCCAUCUGCGCACUCCUUCUAUUCACCACCCUCCUCCUCUUUACUCUCUCCACCCUUCCCACUCCUACUCACACCCCCACGCACACCUUCUCACACCCCCACCCCCCACCCCACGCCCUCCAACGCAUGGGCACCCUCCACCGCAGAGGCACCAAAUCCAUGCCCGACCUCAUCAUCUGCCACGUCCCCGAAGAAACCCCCCUCCACCACUUCCGCCUCUUCCUCCGCCUCCUCCACCGCUCCUCCCUCACCGCAUCCUCCGACGUCGUUUUCCUCUUCCCCUCCCCCUCCCACACCCCCAAAUUCUCCCCCAUUAUCCGCCAGGAGAAUCAGGCAUUCUCCUCCCUCCUCCACCUCCACGCGCACCUCAACUCCACGCGCUGGCUCCAACACCCCAAAUCCACCUUCCACCCCAACCGCUUUCACUCCAAAACCCCCCCACAACAACAACAACAACCCCUCUGGGGCACCAAAACCAAAACCAGAACCCAACUCAACUCAACCAACUCCUUCACCUACGGAUCGGUACUCAGUUUCGACGCCACCGAACUCGACCCCGAAAACUCCCUCGCCGGCUUCCUCGACCGCGUCCCACUCUCUCUCCGCCGCUGGGCCUGCUACCCCAUGCUCCUCGGCCGAGUCAGACGCAACUUCAAACACCUCAUGCUCGUCGACGUCAAAAACAUCUUAAUCCUCAAAGACCCACUCGCCCCACUCAGAAACCGCACCCCUGACUCCGUCCUUCUCUUCAACAAACCCGACAAACACGCCAAGAGGGCCCACCUUCUCUCCACCCUCGUCAUCGGCGGCGCUCGGGGUGUGCGCCGCCUCUCCGCCGCUCUUCUGGUCGAGAUUGUUCGCGCCGCCACGCAGCACAGGAAGAGGAAAAACGCCGUCUCCGAGUCGGCGGUGCUGAGUCAACUCGUCGCCGGGAGCCAGUUUCUCUUAAAGAAUAGAAACGUUAAUUUGAUUGUUUCCACGGAGUCAAUACCCGAGGCAGCUGCUUCUUCCACGUCGUUUUCAGAUUCCGCCAUGCUUCAACGAGGUGUCAGUAAUCACGACCUUAAUCAUGUCAUCAUGACCCAAAUAUGUUCCUCUCUCCUCGAUUCUUCUGUCUAUACAGAUUGUUAAUUACUUAGGAAUUAGGAUAAUAAUAAUAAGAAAAAAACAAAUAAAAAAUAACACGAGGGAAACAAUAAUAAGGAAAUUCAUGUUAUUAUUUUUUAUUUAUUAUUAUUACGGAAAUUAAUUUUGCUUUACUCUGACCAUUUCUGUAUAUACUUAUUCAUCUUGGAAUUACAUUUUUGUAUUCUUCCA